CUGGCCGGCGCGGAGCGAGAAAGGCCAUGUUCAGCUCUAGCGCCAAGAUUGUGAAGCCUAAUGGCGAAAAGCCAGAUGAAUUCGAGUCUGGUAUAUCCCAGGCUCUGCUGGAGUUGGAAAUGAACUCCGACUUAAAGGCUCAGCUGCGGGAGUUGAACAUCACAGCAGCUAAGGAAAUUGAAGUAGGUGGUGGCAGAAAAGCCAUCAUUAUCUUUGUACCAGUUCCUCAGCUGAAGUCCUUCCAGAAGAUUCAGGUGCGGCUAGUUCGGGAGCUGGAGAAGAAAUUUAGUGGAAAACAUGUGGUGUUCAUUGCUCAGAGAAGGAUUCUGCCCAAGCCAACAAGAAAAAGCCGCACAAAAAACAAGCAAAAGCGUCCGAGAAGCCGUACACUUACUGCAGUGCACGAUGCUAUUCUUGAGGACCUGGUCUUCCCCAGUGAAAUCGUGGGCAAGAGAAUCCGCGUGAAACUGGACGGCAGCAGGCUUAUAAAAGUCCAUCUGGACAAAGCACAACAGAACAAUGUUGAACACAAGGUGGAAACAUUUUCUGGUGUGUACAAGAAGCUCACAGGCAAAGAUGUGGUGUUUGAAUUUCCAGAAUUCCAGCUGUAAAAUGCAAAAAAUGGCUGAAUAAACAACUAUUCAUAUAA